AUGAGUUACGACCCAAUCCAUGAUAACUUUACGGGCAAUGUAUCCAAAGAAGUAUCUCAGAAUUCUGAAUCUUCCGAGCAGAACCAAACUGUGGGUACCAGUUCUACUGUUGAAAUGAAAGAAGAUGGUGAUCAAACGCCACUAUCGAAUACUCUUUCAAUUUCAAACUUAAUAGGAGGACGAGGUGAGCAACAUAAUAGUGCAAAUACCUCGUUAGACCUUGAAAAUGACACAGAUGGUGAUGCUGAAAACGAAGAAGAUGCAGAUAGUAAGGGUACCAAGAAAAGGGGACUGGGUCGGCCAAAGAAAACUACAAAUGUAUCUAUCCCUAAGGGUGUUAGACAUCUAAAGAAGGCAGAUGGAGAACCCUUCUGGAGAAAGGACAUUCAAUAUGAUUUCCUUAAAGAAUUGUUCGAUGAUAAACAUGCUGUGUUCACCAACUCGUUUCCUCACUGUGACGUGCCAUCUGCUAAUAACAGCGAGAAAUUAACAUUUCUGGAUCUUUACGUCCGAACACUAGCAGAGUCAUCAAAGUGUUCUAAAAUCUUAAAAGAGAGACUAUUAAAAGAUAGUGAAAUGGGUAAAUCUGUGGGGAAGGUAUGUCUAUUGGUCAAUGCUGGCCGCAUGAACACUACAAUUAACUUCGUGCCUGAAAUGAGGUCAUCUUUAAGAACCUAUCAUUCAAUACCAUCUUUGCAAGCUGAUCCCGUCUUUGGAGGUUCAAAGCCUCUUCAGGAUACUCCGAGGUUGAAGUCAAUUUUGAAAGCGGUUUGUGAUACUAAAGAUCACUAUAAAUCGCUUGAUGAUAUUCUAAAGCUGCCGUCUCCGCAAAAGCCUAAUACAAAUGUUAUAGAGUUGAUUUUUCUAAUGAGUGGUAGUAUUAAGGGAAUUAAAUACCACCUUGAUCAUUCGGUUACCUAUAACAAUAAUAACAAUAGCUUUAUGGAGUUCUUCUUAAACUCACGUAUUCAGCCACAGAUUCGGGCCAAGAGAUUUUUAUGGUUGUUAUAUACGUAUCUAGAAACCAGUUUUACUCCUGAAGAACUUGCAGAAAACCCAUUCAAUCCAAAUGUUAUCCCUCCGGUAGAAUAUAUCCCCGAUGAAAAAAUUGAUGAGUUUGAUAAAGAUACGGAUUUUGAGAUUGAAUAUUCUGAAAAAAUGUAUCAAACCAGACUAAGAUAUUUAGCUGAUGAGGAACAUAAUAGCAAUCCCAAGCGUGGUAAUAAAUCCAAAAAGGAACGGGAUGUGGCUGACCCUGAGGGAACGUUUGAUGAAAAUGCUGACACUAGCAUAGAACCUCAGUUACUUGACACUCCUUCUAAAGAUGCUCACGAUGGAAAAAAGAGGCCAUUACCUUUAGAUGACAACAAAUCGAGGAAGCGGAGAGGAAAAAGAAAUCCUGCUGUUCAUAACACUAUAGCAUCUUCUCCCUUAACAAAAAGUGUCAUUACAUUUCCUAUUGAUCAUUCAAAUAAAAAACCUCAAGAUCUUGCUGUUUCAACUGAUUUGGACGCAACAGAAUAUACCGAAAAUGGUGACAUGAAGACUUCGGACUCAGUAGACGAUUACUUGACAACAGACAAUAGUUUGAUUAGAUUCCCAAUUGAAGGACUAGAAAGAAUAGCUGCGUCAUAUUUUGAGUCACAUUCUAAGCUGCAUAUUCCAGAUGAUUCAUUAUCAUUGAUCAGUCGAACGAAUAUUAUAAACAAAUCCAAGCAAAUUAUAAGACAAGUAAGAAAUUCUUCGAAGUCUAAUGGUAUUGAGUUUUUAAACAAAGUUGAUCUUUUGAAAGACUGGCUCUUUAGAUUUUUCCAAUAUAAAAAAUCAACUGCCAACGGAUUAUUAGGAAUGGAAUGGGAAGAUAUUCGUUAUGAUUUCAUAAAUGGCGUUGAAAGUUAUACCUAUCAACAACUAGGAAAAUCUAUAGGUAAUGGCCCAAUUUUAACUGGUACCAAAAAAAGUGAUCUAAGCAACGAUAUAAGUGGUCAAAUGGACCUUGCGAACGUUGAGGAAAUUGGCCAUGGCUACAUCCCAAUUCAUACCUUCAACAGAGGUAACGAGAAGACUAAUUACAUGCUUGAUUUAAUAUCUUUCUGCAACGGUUGGCUAUUGAAAAAUGCCAAAUCAGAAUAUCAUGACAUGAAGUUUGAUCUUGAAAAUGAUAUCGUACAUUUUUCAUGA